UUUCUUCUUUAUGCCGUGAAAGUGAAUCUAGUUAAAGUUGAAACUAACACGUUUCUCGUUUUUUUUUCUUGCUUUUACUGUUUUCCCCGUGUGCUAGAUCUGGAAAAUUAACCUACAAUAGUUUUGGUUUUUCAUCUUUCAAUUUGGUAUGUUUCUUGCCUAGAAGCUAUUUGUUAGGGUUUUCUCUGUGUGGAAAAUGUUAACAAGAUCUUGUAAAUUCUAGGAGGUGUUUGGUGUUUUGCAGAAGUUUUGUCGGUUCAGCUGUUAAGGUACUAUGUGAGUGUUGUUCCCCUUAGGGAAAGAUGAAAUUGAAGUCUAAGAAAGGAUGGAAAUCCAUUGUACCUCUUCAUUUAAAAGGAAAAUCUGUGACUCGUUUUUCGUUAUUUCGCAAAGUAAAUUCAGCUAGCCAUGGACCUGGAAAAACUCCUGUUUAUCUCAAUGUGUAUGACUUGACACCGAUGAACGGUUAUGUGUAUUGGGCCGGUCUUGGUAUCUAUCACUCUGGUAUCGAAGUUCAUGGUGUGGAAUAUGCAUUUGGAGCUCAUGACUACUCAACAAGCGGUGUUUUUGAGGUGGAACCCCGACAAUGUCCAGGCUUCAAGUUCAGGAAGUCGAUAUUCAUCGGAACUACAUCAUUAGAUCCUGGUCAAGUUAGGGAGUUCAUGGAAUGCGAGUCAGCAAGCUACAACGGCGACACGUAUCACUUAAUUGCUAAGAACUGCAAUCACUUCUGCAAAGACAUCUGCUACAAGCUGACAGGAAAAGCAAUUCCAACUUGGGUAAAUCGGCUAGCCAGGCUAGGUUCGAUUUGCAACUGCAUUCUACCAGAAGCAUUAAGAAUUGCUGCUGUAGGGCAUGAUCCUAACCAUGAAACUCAGGAUAGUGAAAAGAGAAAGCUAAGAAGUGCUUUCAAUUCGUUGUCUUCAAUUUCAAUGCGUCAAAAGCAGUUAUCUAAGUCUUCGUUGUUUCUACAAUCCCCCUUAAGAGGUUGCUUAUCGUCGAAGUGGCCAUCAUGGGAAUUGAGCAAGUCUAUUAAUCGAUCAGUCAAAGAAAGGUAACUGUUGUUUGGCUUGGUCGCUUCAUCUAUGAAAUGCAUGUUUGUAAUUUGUAACAUCUCUUGUAUUUUUAGUAAUUUUAUUUUUGAGCAAAUGUACCAUCUCUCUUGUUUGUGUUAGUCUUUUGUAAGUAGGUUUUAUGUUUGUAAUACAUUUAUUAUUAUUAAUUUUUCCAUAUUUAGAUAGAUGACUGUUUUUUA